AGAGAAGGAAAAGGGAAAAGGAAGAGUGGUCAGCAGGGCCGAGGGGAAGAGGCGAGAGAGGGGGGAGUGGGUGUGCAUGUGUGAGUCAGGGUGUGUGCUGAUUCUUCAGUGUUACACUGACUUAACACAGAGCUGCCAUGGAGCCUUCCAGACUGAUCUACUCCACACUUCUGACAGUUAACUGCUGUCAUUGUCCGUGGCUUUAAAUGUCCUCUGCCAUGGCAAAGCGCGAGGCUGGAAGCACCAGCCCUGUGGUGCGUCAGAUAGACAAGCAAUUUCUGGUCUGCAGCAUCUGUCUGGAUCACUACAGCAACCCCAAGGUCCUGCCCUGUCUUCACACCUUCUGUGAAAGUUGUCUCCAGAACUACAUUCCCCCAGAGUCUCUGACCCUGUCGUGUCCAGUGUGUCGGCAGACAUCUAUCCUGCCAGAGAAAGGAGUUUGUGCUCUACAGAACAACUUCUUCAUCACUAAUCUCAUGGAGGUUCUUCAACGAGACCCUGAGUGCUCGCGGCCAGAAGCCUGCAGUGUCCUGGAGUCAGUCAGCGCUGCAGCUGCAGGGAAGCCCCUCUGCUGCCCAAACCAUGAGGGAAAGGUGAUGGAGUUCUACUGCGAGUCGUGUGAGACAGCCAUGUGUCUGGACUGUACAGAGGGCGAGCACCGGGAGCAUGUGACUGUUCCUCUGCCGGAUGUUGUAGAACAACACAAGGCUGCGCUGAAGACACAGCUGGAUGCCAUACACAGCAGGCUCCCUCAGCUGACAGCAGCCAUCGAGCUGGUGAGUGAGAUCUCUCGCCAGCUGAAUGAAAGGAAGACUGAGGCGGUCGCAGAGAUUACCAGUACAUUUGAGGAGCUGGAGCGGGCACUGCAUCAGCGCAAGACAGCCCUCAUUACAGACCUGGAGAACAUCUGCAGCACUAAGCAGAAGGUCCUGCAGGCCCAGCUUUCAUCUCUCCUCCAGGGGAAAGAACACAUCCAGAGCAGUUGCAGCUUUACGGAGCAGGCUCUCAGCCAUGGGAGUGCUACCGAGGUGCUGCUAGUUCAGAAGCAGAUGAGUGAGCGGGUAACAGCGCUGGCCAGACAUGACUUCCCAGAGAGACCACACCAGAAUGCGCACCUGGAUUGUCAGGUGGAGACUGAAGGUCUGCGCCGCUCCAUCCAGAACCUGGGUGUUCUCAUCACCACAGCCGCUGUGGCUCACACCUCCGUCGCCACGGGAGAGGGCCUCCGCCACGCAGCAACUGGGCAGCACCACACAAUUACUGUGACAACAAAAGACAAGGAUGGAGAGUUGGUCCGGACAGGAAAUGCUGUUUUAAAAGCAGAGAUAGUGUCUGCGGACGGGAGCCGCGCUGCAGAGACAGAGAUAGCGGACAAUAAAAAUGGGACAUAUGAGGUGGGCUACACAUUACGCUCUGAGGGAGAGUACUCUUUCUCUCUGUUGCUCUACGGCCAGCCGAUACGUGGCAGCCCCUUCCGCCUACGGGCGGUCAAGCCCUCAGAUGUGCCACAAUCUCCAGAUGACGUGAAGAGGAGGGUGAAGUCUCCCAGCGGGACAGGGGGCCACAUACGGCAGAAGGCGGUACGACGGCCUUCCAGCAUGUACAGCACCACCAAGAAAAAGGAGAACCCCAUCGAGGAUGAGCUCAUCUACAGAGUUGGUACCCGGGGCAGAGAAAAGGGGGAGUUCACAAAUCUACAGGGAAUCUCAGCCUCUUGUAAUGGCAGAGUGGUGGUGGCUGACAGCAACAACCAGUGCAUACAGGUAUUCUCCAAUGAUGGCCAGUUUAAGAUGCGCUUUGGGGUCAGAGGUCGGUCUCCGGGGCAGUUACAGAGACCGACAGGUGUCACUGUGGACAUGAAUGGUGACAUUGUGGUGGCCGACUACGACAAUCGAUGGGUCAGCAUCUUCUCAUCUGACGGCAAGUUUAAGAAUAAGAUUGGUGCAGGCCGGCUCAUGGGUCCUAAGGGAGUGGCUGUGGAUAAGAACGGGCACAUCAUCACUGUGGACAACAAGGCCUGCUGUGUCUUCAUCUUUCAGUCCAAUGGGAAGCUGGUGACUAAGUUUGGAGGCAGGGGAACGUCUGACAGACAGUUUGCAGGUCCGCACUUUGUUGCAGUGAACAACAAGAAUGAAAUUAUUGUGACCGAUUUUCACAAUCACUCUGUGAAGGUGUACAGUGCAGAUGGCGAGUUCUUGUUCAAGUUUGGCUCUCAUGGUGAAGGCAAUGGCCAGUUUAAUGCUCCUACUGGUGUGGCUGUGGAUGCCAAUGGAAACAUCAUUGUAGCUGACUGGGGUAACAGCAGAAUACAGGUGUUUGACAGCACAGGCUCCUUUUUAUCUUACAUUAACACAUCAGCAGACCCGCUGUACGGCCCCCAGGGCCUCGCCCUCACUUCAGAUGGACAUGUGGCUGUUGCAGACUCUGGCAACCACUGCUUUAAGGUUUACAGAUAUCUGCAGUAGACUAAGGGAAGACAUCACCGACACAACUCUUGCUUAGACAAGUUAACGCCACAUACCGCUUGUGGACACAGAGCUGUAAUGUGCCUGCACACUUUACAGUGGCCCCAGGUUCCACAAAUUAAUUUAUUUCUCAUUUUGUGCACUCAUGUAUUUUAGAAGAUCUAAUAUUCAGACAAAGAAAUCUGAAGAAAAAAAUGUUUACAUGAAAAACAACCCAAACCCCCUAAAAUUCAACUAUAAUUAAAAUGGUUUUUAAAGACAAAAUAAGCUAGUUACCCCAAAAAUUAUUGCAGGAAGUGACAUUAAUUCCCCAAAUAUUCUGUUGAUAAAUGUUAAAAAAGAAAGAAAACAUCCAGAACUAUCUGUCUACCUUAAACUCUCAAAAUGUGUUUUUAACCAAAUCCCCUUGUGAAAAAUGAACUGGAAAUUCAUUUCUGGAACAGCUGUUUCAACUCUAUUUCUCACAAGUGGGACCUCAACAAAAGAUAGCCUGCCAGUGUGAAGUUGGUGAUAAAACUGCAGUUUUGGGAGGGCAGUGCGGAUGGGCAACACUCCCGACAACCAGCAAACAAAGCAAGAUACAGAAGCAGAAGUCAACUACGUGGUGAGAAGAUGAUGCUUUGUGAUUGAACAACGCUCAGGCCUUUCCCUCGAACACUGUUGCAUGUCUGUGUGCUCCAAAAAAGAAAAACCCUGUUGUCACUGCCUUCAAUUUCUCAUCGGUAAACACAACAGAACACAUGCAGACAGGAGUGUGCAAAAGAAAUGGUUUCAUGUUCUAAUUCUGCACCUUACCACUCUGACAAGAUCCCAGCACAUGUAUAUAGAUAAUUUGUUUCAGUCAUAAGAUGAGUCGACCUAUAUGCAAGAGUUUUUUUUUUGUUUUGGUACCCAAAGACAUCAAGAAGCACAACAUAUAAUAGAACCACAAGGUUUUUGAAUACAUCCGAACCAGCGCCACUUCAACAUUAAGUUCAGUCUCUUCUAGCCGGCCUUUUUCUUCUAUUAACCAAAACAAACCCCCACUAGCUCUUGUACUUUUGUGUAUUCUAGUUGUAUAUAUGCAUAUUUAGGUAUAUAUAUAUAUAUAUAUAUAUAUAUAUAUAUAUAUAUAUGGAUUUGGUGUCCAUGUUACUUCACUAUAUAAUCUACUUAAUGAAUCAAGGAUUUCAACACUGGAGCAUAUACUAAUACAGCAGAAGGUCAUGCCAUGUAGUAGCCGACUGAAUGACUUCCUCACAUCAAACAAACAAACAAAGUUAUUUGCUGUUUUAUUUUUUCAAAGGACUUAAAUUAUUUUUGAUUUUCUUUUCUACCUAAUUUGUUCUGCAAAUUAUUUUUCUAAUCGGUGCAUUUGAGCUGUCUCCUCUUUGCCAAACAUCAUUGUACAUAGGCCUUGUAACUUGUAGCACUGAAAGCAGCUCUCUCUUUUUGCCUCUCCCCAGAGCUCACAUCCAGUCAAAUAGUAACUUUUCCUUCUGCCAAAACGUAUUGUUGUAAGUCUUGGUGAAUUUUGCACAAAAUACAAAUAUUAUAAAAGUUAUAUAGUUUGCAAGAGUAAUAUAUGCCUCUGUGUAUAGUUAUCAUUUAACAUAAUCAGAAAGUGUACUGUAUAUUACAAUCACAAUACUUGUUAUAGCUGACAAGCACCUUUAUCAUGGAUUUUCCAGUAUUUGCAUUCAUUUGCUUGGUAGUUCAAAAGUUUUUCUGUGUGGCUCCUUGAGGAACACAACACCAGCUAACAUGAAGUAAAACAGAAAGUGUUUCACCUGUGCUUUCUCAAUAAAUUGUCUAUCCCCGAUAAUUGAUCUGUAAUUCAUUUGUCUUUCCAUCUGCAUUUCUCACUUGGGGAAAACCCUCUGUAAUGACAGAUUUAGUUGACUUUCCUCCUCCAUUAAAUGGACCCCUGUGUUAUUAUGAUUUUUUUUAAUGUCUAUCUCUCACCUGUAACUGACAUGUCUGUGUGAAAUAAAGGAAGCACAUAUAAAUGAAACACUAAAUCAACCAUCUUGUGUAGCUUAUACUGCAUGCUACAAGAGGCCAGUGUUUCAAGAAGUAAUCACUACAUGUAUGUAAUCAUGGCAACGGUAUGAUUGUAAAUAUUAAAGAAUGACACUAUGAA